AUGUCUUUUGACGAUUUGCUAGCCGGCAAUAAUGUCGAAAGCCUGAGACAACUUAACGACAAACUGAAUGAAAGCGUAGUUGAACAGAUGGUCGACACGCAAGAACUUGUCAUGAUGAAUAGCUUUGCACACGAAAGUAACGAGUAUUUGUUCAAGAAGAGCUUACAGCAAAGAAUUUCAGAUAUAUCUUCGUGGCGUUGGGUUCUUGUCGAUCUAGCGAAGCGUCUCGAAGAAUCUAUCGAGGCUCUGCAACAUGAGCACAACGCUCUGCGAGUAGUGAUCCGGAGAAUCGAUGAUGAACUGAACAUCUACUCCAGACAGGGUGCGCUGACGUCACUGGGUGCUUUGGCUGAUAGCGUUGAAGAUGCUAUAAUUCAGGAACAAAAUUUUCUACGUAACGAAAAAAAGAAAUUUGAAAAGAUGUUAACAGAAUUAGAAAAGCAAAUAAUUAAUGUAGAGAAAACGAAAAAGCGAAUAGAAUUGGAUAUUCUGAAGAAACAGCAAACUUUAGACAUAGAAGAUGCUUGUGCCAACAUUGACUCUGGUUCAAUAUUGACGAACAGAAAGAAAAAAAAACGGAGAAGCUCGCCAUUAUCUCGUUGGGAAAACAGGUGUGAUUCAUUAAAAAAAGCUGGUCUUAAAUCUUUAAGAAAUGCCAUAAUAACAAGACAGCAGGUUAGAGGUGCGAGAAUUCAAAUUUCAAUAGCUGCCCAGGGCUAUGCAGCUAAGGUGGACUCGAUUCUCAAAAGGCGACUGCACGCUAAUCAACUGAAAUUUCAAGAUCUAUGUUGGCAGAGAGAAGAGGCCAUUAAAGACUUCAAUGUUUUGGAAGAGGAAUUAACGACGACGGAACAGAAUCUUCUAGAAAACUUAGAACAAGAAAGACUUAUUGAAACCAGAAUAACUGACCGCUCUCAGAGACCCGUCGGAGAGCUCACCAAAGAUGACGUGGAUAGAAAAUUGAGAGAUGAACUUGGCAGAUUAAGGAAUUUCACUAACGAAUUAAGAAAAAACCGGUCAAGAAUCACCACUCUUCAAAAUCACAUAACAAACUGUAUAAGUCGCAUUGAGUGUUGCUCCGAAGAUCUCAACCAAGUAAUCAAUUUGGAUGAAGAGAGGAUGAAGUUAAGAAACGGAGAAAUCCAAGGAGAACCAUCAGAAGAGAAUUUCAAGGGCAUUCAGCCUUCUGGAACCAUAGCGAAAAGGUCUCAAAUGAGAUCGAACGAAAUAUUGACUGCGAUUACCGAAGAGGAUGAAGACGAUUAUCCAUUUGAUGACUAA